ACACUUCCCUGUCCCCAACAGUUAAAAAAAACCUUUACCAAACUGAAAGACAAAACUCUCUGUUUCUCUCUGUCUGUCUGUCUGUCUCUGCAAUGGCUUCUCUCCGAUCUCUGCUCGUCCUCUUCGUCCUUUCCGCCGUUACAGUCUCCCCGGCGAGUUCUCAAACCUGCUCGAGCCCGAAGCUCACCAACAGCAACCUCUACGCCGCAUGCCUUGACCUCCCGUCUCUCAGCUCCGCCCUCCACUACUCCUACGACGCCGCGAACAAAUCCGCCGCCGUAGCGUUCGUGGCCAAGCCGGCGCAGUCCGGCGGGUGGGUGUCGUGGGCCCUGAACCCGACGGGCAUGGGGAUGGUUGGGGCGCAGGCACUCAUCGCCUUCAAGGACUCGUCCACCGGGGCCAUGACCGUGAAGACCUACAAUGUCAGCUCGUACGCCUCCGUCAAGCAGUCCAAGAUCUCGUUCGAGGUCUGGGACAUGUCCGCCGAGGAGAACUCCGGCGACGGGACGAUGAGGAUCUACGCUAAGUUUAAGGUCCCCGGGGACGCGUCGAAGCUGAACCACGUGUGGCAGGUGGGGCCGUCCGUCACCGACGGCAUGCCCGACAAGCACGACUUCGCCCAGGCCAACCUCGCCUCCAAGGGCACCCUAGAUUUGGUGGCGGGGCAGAGCACGUCCACCGCCGAUGGGUCCCGCACGAAGAAGAAGAAUAUUCAUGGAAUUCUAAAUGUGGUGAGCUGGGGGAUUAUGUUCCCAGUCGGUAUCAUCAUCGCGAGGUACGUGAGGACCUUCCCCUCUGCGGAUCCGGUUUGGUUUUAUCUGCACGUCUCCUGCCAGUUCUCUGCUUAUGUUAUCGGGGUUGCGGGUUGGGGAACCGGUCUCAAGCUCGGAAGCGAAUCUCCAAGUGUUGUGUACUCCAAUCACCGGAAUAUUGGGAUCGCCCUCUUCUGCCUCGCCACUGUGCAGAUAUUUGCGCUGCUGUUGAGGCCGAAGAAGGACCACAAGUACCGGACUUACUGGAAUAUCUACCACCAUGGCGUUGGCUACGCGAUCCUCAUCCUCGGGAUACUCAACAUCUUCAAGGGCUAUGACAUCCUCAAGCCUGGGGAGAAGUGGAAGACUGCCUACAUAAUCGUGAUUUCCAUCCUCGGGGGGAUCGCGGUCUUCUUGGAAGCAAUCACGUGGAUCGUCGUUCUCAGGAGGCGGUCCAACAAGUCCACAAAGCCCUACGAUGGCUACAACAACGGGCAGAGCAGGCAAGAACCACUUGCCCUGUAGAAUAAGAGGAAGGAAGGACCCGGGUCGACCUUUUACAUUUUGUACCUCUUGCUGUGACAUUAUUAAACGAGGUUUUGCUUCGCCUCUUCCCGGACCGGCUUGUGUGCAUCACGUCCCGCUUGUUGCCUUUGCCUGUAUAAUUGCUUUAAUGGUAGUAUACAUGUGUACAUAUAAUUAUUUGGGUCCUCUUUGGGGCCACUGUUUUGUACUGUCCAUUAUCAUUUAUGUGGCUGAAACUUAUUCUGAGAAUUAGAUGGGUUAGCACUCAACAGCUGUGCUGUCUAUUUAAUCCACUCUCUUUUUUUCCU